UUGAGUGUUAGUGUGUUGUGACUCCACACUCGGAAAUCUCAGCCGCAUGUAGCGAGUUGUAUACGUACGUACAUGGAGAGACGGUAAGAUUCGAACCACGGAAACAAGGGACGAGUCGGACCGCUAAAGGACCUUACAUUCGCAAGGGAGUUUAUGUGAGAACAGCCGAUAUUCUGCCAUGGAUCUGUCCCUCAAGAAGAAAUCGGCCUAUGAUAUUGACAGUUUGCUUGGUGGCGGAGAAACUGCGAAACAGAGAGAUCAAAGGCACUCGCCGACAAUGGACACAGGUGCCCGCCCGCUGAGCUGGCCUGGGUCAGAGGCUGGUACGCCCCAGGGGGUGGGGGAAGCACAAAAGUUACCCCCGUCAGACCCUGCCUUACCAGCACCCUGGUACAACGACAACCUCUGCCAAACCCGACACAUGGAUGUCCCGUGGUUCGUGCGUCCCGCCGGAGGUACGGCUGACUUGAGGCUUGCCCGUGGAGGUGGGUCAGGUAUAGGGGAGGACGCCGAGCAAAUAAACAACGAGCUAGACACACCUGAAAAAAAACCCGGGGGACAGACGCCUGGGACAUGCUCAGCCGAUGAUAAAGACGGGAAAGAAGAAGUAAGUAAACUGGAAGUUAGUGAUCGAGCGACGGAAAAAGAAGAUGAACAAUCCCUUAACUGCUCUGUGACGUCAGUCGAUGACGCUGAUGAUGACGACACAUUGAAAGAUGACGUCAAAGAUCACGUGACUGAUGACGAUAGUAAGGACGGGUGUGACAAGCUCGGCAGUGACUGUGGGGACCCUGAGGGUGAUAGAGAGAAGGAAUUAGAGGAGUUUGGGAAGAGAAAACAGCGAAGAUACCGUACAACGUUCACUAGUUAUCAGCUGGAGGAACUAGAACGGGCCUUCCAGAAGACUCACUACCCGGAUGUAUUCACAAGAGAGGAGCUGGCGAUGAGGAUAGAUCUGACAGAAGCAAGAGUUCAGGUUUGGUUCCAGAACCGACGAGCAAAAUGGCGGAAGAAGGAAAAGGUUGGAACACAAGCACACCCCUACUCCCCCUACACAGGAACUCUUAACAUGGCGUCCAGGGGGGUGCUCCCACCCCAACAGCCCCACCCUCCCCAGACGUACUCCGACCUCCUGCUCAAGACGUACGAAAACCAGCUACUCAGUAGAUACAGUCUGGCUACGUCACUUCCGACGGUGACGUCAGCCUUGUAUAGCCCUGUUACGUUUGGACUCUCUUCCGCCUCAGCUACUUCCGGUCUGGGACUGCGCACGCUCACACCCCUCUCAGUCCCGGUACCUCCUCCGGGAACAUUUCAACAUUUGCUUGCUAGUAUGACGUCAUCGGCUGCAAAAGCGCGGGAAAACUUUGACACAACGCCCCCGGUCCCCGGGCUUUCCUCUCCUACAUCCGGGGUUGUAGACUCAGAACGCCGGUCGUCAAGUAUCGCCGCCCUCAGGAUGAAAGCCCGCGAGCACGAGAUGCGACUCGGUAUCAGUGGGUGCAGUAAUAUCGUCUACUGACUAGGCUGAGGAAGUCAACGUCGCGUUGACGUAUCUGACUGUCGACGUCCCGUUGACGUAUCCGGCUGUUGAAACAAUGACAAUCUACAAUUGCUCAGGAAGAACCGCCAUAGGCGUGGCGUCCUUCAUCUAAGUUGAUAUGAUCAAGGUCAAGGACAAAUCCCAAGGUCACAUAUUGUGUGCGCAGACACACGAACCAGAACGCUGUGGUUCAUGUCAGUCCGAGUACAUGUUGGAGUUGAAUUUUAAUGGAACAAUAUUGGUUAUUGAAGCAGUGUCUCCAUGACAACCAAACAGAAUGAGAAAUGCCAUGACAAGAUGAAUUUACGAUAUGGAUGACCUACAUAAAGUUGAUGUGGGUCUCUUCAAAGUUUAUGUAUAGUUAUGACUGUUUUUUUGAAUGAAUGAAUAUGAAUUUUGACAUUGCGCAUGCGUACUACGUGUAGGAAUUGUCUGACCUCAAAUGUAAAUAUUAUGCCAUAAAAUAAGUACUUGUGUUUACGUCAAAACGUCCUUUAAAGAUGUAGGUUGGCAGGUACUUGAAAAAAAUAAUUUGACAAUACGUCAACACGCCAGGAGAUGGAUUGCUAGAAACACAGGUGUAUUUUGUUUCAGCCUUAUGCUGUUUUCUACAAAGUGUCAAAGUCCAAACAAUACCUUUUAAUGUCACAUUUUGUGUACACGGUGUCUGAUUCUGGUUGUGUGUAGUAUCUGUAGUAUAAAUAAAAUAACUCGUGCUCAAAACAUGUCAAAAUUGUUAAAAAAAUACAUCCAAAAUAUUUCAAAAGAGCCCACAAAUAAUGUUAUGCUCGUUGAGGAACAUUUGUAUGACUACCGUUUAACCUUCGACAAAACCGGAAGAUCCGAACAUACUUAUUGUUGUUUAUUUGUUUAUGAUUGUUUCUUAUCACAGUUUGAUUUUUAAAAAAAGCGUCUGAUUUGAAAAAAAAAAUAUGAAUUAAUUGCGAAACAAAAGUCUAAGAAAUAUUUACUUAGAGACUGUAUGAUUAGCAUGGCGGAGUGCAAUAUCCACUAAAUAUCGUACACUGGUGGCCAAAUAUUGAUGGACUAUCUUUUGAAGUGGUUAUAUCUCUCAUUGUAUUUAACACUAAGGAUCUCGUUAUUGUUUGGUUUUGUCUAUGUGGACCUUUAUUUAUGAAUUCAGAUAAAGUGCUGACUAUUUCUCACCAGCUAAGUGCCCGUUGGUGUUAUGUUUGUGGGUUACUGUGCCAAGAUGAAAUAAAUAUU